GGCCCAAAUUCGUUCCACUGUUUAAGUCGGAGGCGUCGCGUAAUUUACGAAAGUUUAUGCUUUAUACUCUAUUCACGUUUUCUAUGGUGUUUUAACAACAAGUUCGAAGUGUCAUCUUCAUGAUUUACCAAUUCCAUGGCGGCUGGCUGGAGAAAAGAGAGGAGGAACAGUCUCUUCAGCAAUAUCGUCGCACCCAUGGAAGAAUAGCAGCGACUGCUGGCAGAAUUUAGUAAUUCUGAUUUGAGCAGCAUAUCUGAUGAUGAUGAUGACUGGCCUUCAUCUCCACUUCGGCGCAGAGAACUCUUUCAUGAACUAUGUGCCAACACUGAGAGUUCAGCAUCUGAGUCUGAUGAAGAGAACAACAGAGAUGGAAAUGUUACCACCAGGUCCCCUGAAGUUACAAGUAGCACUGCAGCUGCCCAGACUGGACCCAGCAGAAAUCUCAAUACUAAUGGAUGUCAUCAUUUCAGGAGAAAUAUAAACUUCAAUCACAGAUUUACUGUAGAUGUUGAUAAUCAUUUUCAGGGAACUAAUUUUCAACCCACAGUUCUCUCCCCUGUAGAUUAUUUCAUGGCUUACCUCUCACCUGAAAUUUUAGAUGCAAUGACUCUAGAAACACAGAAAAAGUACAUGUCCAAAAAAGGAAAGCCAUUAUCACUAACAGUAGAUCAAAUGAAAAAGUUUAUAGGAAUAAAUUUCCUUAUGUCAGUGUUAAAAUUCCCUAGAAUUAAAAUGUACUGGCAAAAGAAAACAAGGAUUUCUGUUAUAGCUGAUGCCAUGAGUCGUGACAUGUUUUCAGUAAUCAUAGCUUCUCUGAAAGUCUUUGAUGAGAGUCUGUUGAAUGCAGCACAGAGGAAAUCAGACAGAUUUCAUAAGAUAAGACCACUCAUAGAUUGUGUUCGUUCACGCUGUUUGGAGUUAGACAGACCUCAAUAUGUCUCAGUUGAUAAAAUGAUCAUUCCAUUUACAGGCAGAACACACCUUAAGCAAUUUACACCUCGGAAACCAAACCCACAUGGCCUAAAGAUCUUUGUUUUAGCUAGUAGUGAUGGCCAAGUCCUAGAUUUUGAGUUUUUUCAGGGUAAGGAAGACUUGCUUUUGAAUGUACAAAGAACUGGACUUCAUCUUCCAGAGUGGGGUACCCUUAAGAUAGGAGAAGCUGCAGUCCUAAGAUUUGUAAAGUCAGUCAGUAGAGGUACUAGUUUCUUCUUUGAUAGGUUUUUUACUACACCUAAGCUCUUAGAAAUUCUCUCAUCAUUAGGAAUGGGAGCUACAGGGACAAUGAAGAAGAACCUUGUGCCAAAACAGUGUCGAUUGAAGACUGAGAAUCAAUUAAAGAGAUCCGGCAGAGGUUCCUCUGACUGUGCAGUGAGAGAUGAUUCUGCUUUUUGUAUAACUGUAUGGUUUGACAAAAAAAACAUCAUCUUAGCAUCUAAUGAACAUAGUAUUCAGCCAGUAUCUACUUAUCAGAGGUGGUGUAAAAGAGAAAAACGCCACUUAGAAGUGGAACGUCCUAGGGUUGUUGAGCUAUACAACUCAAAGAUGGGGGGCGUUGAUAUUAUUGAUCAGGUCAUUAGCUGUUACAGAAGUGCAACACGUUCUGCAAAAUUUACUGUUCGAGCAAUGUUGCAUCUUUUGGACCUCUCUUGCGCAAAUGCAUGGUUAGAGUACAGAAAAGAUUGUGAAAAAAGCAGUUCUGUUACCAUGGACAGUAUGGAUUUUAAAUUGGAAAUAGCUUAUUCUUUGAUUUCUGAAGAAGUUCUAAAUGAUGACAACAGUGAGUCUGAGAUUUCAGAGGAACAUGAUGACAUUUCUAGAAAAAGAACAAGGCCCCUUCCCAUUGCUGCAAAGCGUACUAACAGUGCAUGCCAUAUGCCUGAUGCAUUACCCCCUUAUGCCUCUAGAAUGAGAUGUCGAUAUCCAGGGUGCAAUGGGAGGACCAAGUUUUCAUGCAAAAGUUGCAAAGUUUUUCUUUGUCUUUCAUAUGAAAGAAAUUGUUAUUCUCUUUUCCAUUUGCCCUGAAAUAUUUGAUGAUUAGGUUUACAAAUUAAAAUGUUUCUGUUAAUGAAGAAAUUUGAAAUAGAACUUACUUUUUCUCACUAAGAAAGAAAAAAAGGUUUUGUUUCUUUUCAGUAAGUAAAGAUUAUGGUAUGCAGAUAUGCAGAGCUGAUGAAUAUGUCCUCAUUUUUAUUUAGGUACACUGCAGUCAAAGUAAUGAAUGUUGCUUAAAUGUUUGUUUUAAUGAAAAAUGCCUUGCAAUGAAGUUGAAUAAGAAUAAAUAUACCUGGAAUUAUCAAAUUUAUGUUUUUUCUGAAAGUUAUAAUACAUAUAUUGUGAAUUUACACAGUUGUUUCAUUGUGAUUUCUGUUUUUUGUCUAAACUUUUAUUUCACGUACAUGCUAGAGCCCCGAUGGACCAAAUUUGGGCCAAAAUUUAAAGGUCAAUAUCUCUAGAACUACUCAUGAUACACAUCUAAAAAUAUGCUUGUAGCCUUUUUAGGCCACGACAAAUCCGCUGUCAUAAUAUCAUAAAAAUCUAAAGUAAAAAAUUUUUCAGGGCUGA